CCUCCUCGAGGGGGUCGCGGUGACUGAGAGCCCCCACCCCCUCGUUUCUCUCUCUCUACCCUCGGCUCCUCCUGCGCCCGCCCCGGCACCGAUUGUUGACAAAAGACGCUGCGAAACCGCUCGAAUGAAACCGGUCCUGGUGUGGCCGAGGUGAUUCUGUUGUCGGUGGUGGGACCGCAGCAGGCCGGCGUGAACUGGACCCCUCCUCCUCCUCCUCUUCCUCCUCUCCUUCCUGAAAACCACCGUGAUUGGUAUUUACCGACAAAACCAGCGGCCAAGAUGGGUCACCCACUGUGAGUGAAAGAGUCACCUCAGCGCUGACGGAGGAGGAGGCGGCGGCGGCCUUGGGCACGUCUACUUUGCCGGGAAUGGUGUGAACUGAGACGACCAGGCAGUCUGGAUCUGACUGGGGACUCGUCAUUCCCCCGGAGCCUCCGCGGCCCCAAGCCGCGUCCUGAGCCUUCCAAGAUGGGGAAGUGCGACGGAAGAUGCACGCUGCUGGUGAUAUGCUCGCUGCAGUUGGUGGCGGCCCUUCAAAGGCAGGUGUUUGAUUUUCUGGGAUAUCAGUGGGCCCCCAUUCUGGCCAACUUCAUGCACAUCAUGGCUGUCAUCCUGGGCAUGUUCGGCACCGUGCAGUUUCGAUUCAGAUACCUCAUCUUUUAUGCAGUAUGGCUGGUCCUCUGGGUGGGCUGGAACUCGUUCAUUAUCUGUUUCUACCUGGAGGUUGGAAACCUGUCUCAGGACAGAGACUUUCUCAUGACGUUCAACACAUCCCUCCAUCGCUCGUGGUGGAUGGAGCAUGGCCCUGGUUGCCUGGUAACGCGGCUGCUAGACUCUCACAUGGCCCCGGACGACCACCAUGUCAUCACUGUCUCUGGGUGUCUCCUUGACUACCAGUACAUAGAGGUGUUGAGUUCAGCCAUUCAGGUCCUACUGGCUCUCUUUGGUUUCGUGUAUGCCUGCUACGUGAGCAAAGUCUUCCAGGAUGACGAGGACAGCUUUGAUUUCAUUGGUGGCUUCGACUCGUACGGAUACCAGCCUCCUCAGAAGUCCUCCCAUCUCCAACUGCAGCCUCUCUACACGGCUGGAUAACUGCUGGUAGCGCCCCCCUCAGGCCAAACCCUGACGGUGUCACUGUGGAUGGAGAGCAGCAGUGGUUGCCUUGGUUACACUCACUCUGUGUAUCACAGUUUAUCUGAAGAACGGACUUAACCCCACCCAGAGGGAGUGAAUUGUGUGCCUGUGUGUGCAUGUGUGCUUGUGUCUCAGAGAGAGAAUUACAGCCCUGAUUAGAAUGUAUGGAGCUCAGGGAAGAACCAGCAUGCCAGGUGGUGUGAGGAGAUGAAGUAGGAGGAGGAGGAGGGGGAGGAGCUGGGGACACCACUGUCAAAUCACAGAAGACACACUUCACUAAACUUCCAGCUCUCAACACUCCCACAAGUGUGUGUGUGUGUGGAUAAUGUGUGUGUAACUCAGCAGGACUUAGCUGGUGCUCUGUGGUAGCACCCUGGACUUUUACCACUCAACAUCCUUAUGGUUUGUUUUGUUUUGUUCUAUUUUUAUAUUUUGGGUGCUUGUGUGUGUGUGUGUGUGUGUCUGUGUGAGGCUGGGGUUGUGGGUGGGGCUCACAUAAUAAAAAAAGGCACAGCUUGUACCUGUUGUCGUUUUAGAGUGUGGUGAUGUCAAAUUAGAGCAGUCUUACGGUUUCCUUUCCCAAAGCCAUCUUUUCUUCCUCCCAUGCUGCUGAACUUCACCGGGGUUAAUAAAGCUAUUCACAUUACAGGUCUGAUGAGGCAGCAAAAUCAUCAACAGAAAACUGUUAAAAGGAUCAAUCUGGCAUUUUUUACAAACUUUUCAUUAACAAGCAAAACCAACAAUGUGUGUAUACUAUCAUCUUCAGCAGGAUCAUUUUAAAUCAUCAAAAAAACAUGUCAUAGAUAUAUCCUCAUGUUUCUAAAAAAGUCAAAAUAAUAAACUAAAACAGCUAGCAACUGUGGCUUUUGUCACUCAACAAACAACAAUAUUGAGUGCUUUUAUUACAUUGUUAUACAUUUAUUAUAUACAUUGUUGGCAUGUUAUUUUAAUAGGUUUUAUUGAGAACAAGAACAUUACAAAAUAUCGACAGACUUGUCCAUGAAAGUUCAAAUUCUUAUUCAAAUGCAUAAGUAAACUCCAAUGCCAGGAUAUUUUUGUUUUCAGGAAAAUACAUGCAAUUACUCCACAUCUAAUACUGUUGAUUAGGGAUGCAGAUGGCUUUGGGAUCAGGCAUUAGUGUGUCUUUUUGGUGGGGGCGGGGGGAGCAGGGGGGAUACUGUGCAUGUAAAUAACCAGCCAAUGAUUGUUUUGUUGGUUCCAGUUAGAAAAAAUGGGGGUAGGGGGUUGGGUCUGGCGGAGGGAAGAAAAGUACACAUCAAAGUUUUUCUUCAUACCUGUUUCUUUCAUACCCUGUUUUUUAUAUCCCCUUGAUGCCCUUUACCAACUCAAUGCAGCUUAUUCUCCCCACUCACCUGAUCCAGGAGGGAGCAAUGAGAUGACCACAGAGGGAAAAUACAUGAUGAACUCAUGUGGUGAUAUGUUCCGAGUAGUUUCUGUGGAUGUUAUUGGAGACAGGGACAGGGCAGGAGGGAAACAGGUUUAAAGUGAGGACCUUAAUAAGUGUAAGUUGAAGUUUGAAAUAAAAAAAAAUACACUUUCUAAAUUAAAAA